AUUUAGUUUUUUUAAAGAAAUGAUUUCUUCUACCAUUGUUAUUUUUUGCUGGAGAUGGGAUUCAAUAGCAUUGUAAUACCAAUUCCUGUUGAUCCUUGUUUCUUAGGGCUGCAUAAUAAGCAGUUGGUGGGGUGGGAAGGAGAAUAAUUCUACCUUCACUGGAAGUUACAGUUAAUUAAGUGGUAGCUUUAGAAAGAGGGAGUCGCGAUAUCAUCCAUUACUCAUUAGCAAGAAUGUAUAUAUUGAGAUGCAAAUUGAGGGUUUUCCAGUUGCCGGUGGGGUUUCAUCGUGAUGACCAGAGAACAAGUCACCAUAUAACCUAUUGCAGUUUGUCGCAAAUCAUAGAGGAAACAGAAGAAGAUAGAGAUGUUUUCAUUAUUUUAUGGAUUAUAUAAGUACAUGUUUAGCAAGACAGAGUUUCAUGUCCUUAUUCUUGGGAUUGACAAGGCUGGGAAAACGACACUGUUAGAGAAAUUAAAGUCACAAUACUCAAACUUGGAAGGCCUUCCACCAGAUCGUAUUGUUCCAACUGUGGGGCUCAAUAUUGGUCGUGUUGAAGUAUCAAAUACGAAGCUUGUAUUUUGGGAUUUAGGAGGUCAGCCUGGUCUUCGCUCAAUCUGGGAGAAGUAUUAUGAAGAGGCACAUGCUGUGAUAUUUGUUGUUGAUGCUGCUUGUCCAUCACGCUUUGAGGAUUCCAAAUCUGCGCUUGAAAAGGUUCUCCGGCAUGAGGAUCUGCAAGGAGCACCACUUCUGAUAUUAGCAAACAAGCAGGACCUUGCAGAUGCUGUGUCAGCGGAAGAACUUGCCCGGUAUCUUGAUCUCAAGAAACUCGAUGAGAGAGCUUACACCUUUUUAGCUGUUUCAGGCUAUGAUGGGUUAGGAGUUAAGGAAAGUGUGAAUUGGCUCGUAGAUGUAAUGGAGAGGAGUAAGAGAACUGAAAUGUUGCAAAUCCGAGCAGGGGCAAACCUUAGCUCUACUUAGAAGGAAUCACCCAUUGCAAUAAUUGUUACCAUACCAUUCCUGUAACUUUUGUAAGUAAAUCAGGUUCAAGUUUUAAUCCCAUAUUACGUCAGUGAUACGAGUAAAAUGUGCUGUUAACCAGCUGUUAGCCUUCGCAACUGCCAGCUUCUAUGAAGUUUACCUCCAAAUUACACUUCCUCAAUAUAAAGACGAAAAGAAGUUCUUUGAUUCUCAUUGUCGAUGACUUGUGUAUCUUUAUUGCUGUUUUCAUACUGAAUAGAAAACCAAUUUAUACA